CAUGGCCCCGUCGCCCUAUAUAGCCUCUGCUAUAUUACUCGCCUACCUUGCUUAGCUUUGCUUCCCCAUCAUUUAUAUCCCCUCCUCCUCCUCCACACUUCCACACCCUUCCUUCUUGAAGUUCUUCUUCUUCUUCUGAAUCAUUGUUCUUUUGUAACAUACCUUAGCUUGUUGGAUUAUGAGAAUGAGUUCGUUGGAUCAUGUCGAGUGUUCCAUGAAGAUGAGGUCGAGGAGGAGGAGGAGUCCGAGUGCGGUGGGGGGAAAUCAACGAGGACGUCGAUGGAUGAGGAGGACGUCGAGGACUGUGAGAGUGAAGGUGAGGAAGCUGCAAAUGCUGAUUCCGGGAGGGAGAGGGCUGGAGGCGGAGAGGCUGUUUCGCCACACGGCGGAUUACAUAAUGCAUUUGAGGUUCCAGGUCGAUGUUUUGCAAGCGCUUUCCAAGAUUUACAAGCUGUGAAAAUCGGUAGUACGUGUUAAUGAUCACCAUGCGCAUGUUAGUCGAUCUACAUCUUAUUUCAUGUACUGAUAUAUAUCAUAAAAUAUGUAAUCUUUUUUCUUUGCGAUCUCCUGCUAGAUAUAUAUAGAGCUAUUAAUAUGUGAUAUGCAUGCAUGUGAGGUCGAUCGUUGUUAAAUUAAAUCUCACUGGUGAUGUUCAUCAGCUGAGAGCUGCGGGAUCUCAGAGUUCAAGUCACGGUUUGAUAUUAUUAUGAUAUUCUAAUUGUGAUUAUAUAGUGAGA